AUGUGACGUAUAAUUUUAGUAAACAAAAAGUAGAAACCAAACCAAUGCCAUAUGUCAUAUGUUCAUUCUGUGCAGUGCAACCAUACAACACAACUGGUGGGUUACCAUAGGCCUAGGCUUGAUUAAGGAAUUGUUGCACUUAGAAAUCUAUUUCUGGAGGGUCUGAUUGUUUGGUAUACUGAUUGCUUUAUAAAUCGGAUGUAUAAAGUAAGUAAGUAUAAUUUUAUUUAACCGGUACUUAUAAUUAUAAAUAAUAAUAAAGUCUUGCAUUCUUCGGUUCUAUUAGAGAGAAAAAUGAGUUGGCUAAUUUUUUGUAAAUCGUUAUUACUAAAUUGUUAAUAUUAUUAAACUAGAAAUAACCCGUGGACCGUAGAGUUGAAAUCCACGGGCGCCCCCCUCUCCCCCGCCCAAACCUCUUUCGCUGGGGAGCCUUGGGGCCCUCGAUUUCUGCCUCCGAUCCCCUUUGACUCUUGACAAUUUGCAUCAGGAUUACUUUUGACUUUGGAACGUUUGCAACGCUCUGUAAAUCUGAGAAUCAAAAGUCAAUGUCACGGUAUACAUGUGAUGAUCCAAAUAAACUUUACAUUCUCACAACAAAAUGUUAGUGAUUUAUUAUAAUUUAUAUUUACACUUUAUUCUGGUCUUUUAACUAAAUGCAUACAAUCAUACAGUAGACAGUUAUUCAUCCUGGCCUAACAGUCUUUACUUUAAACAAUAGGCCUACACUACACCUGUGGCUCUUUCUUGAUAAAUAUAAUAGUUGCUUUCCUCUUAAAAGAAUUUUUUUUCUUACCGAGUUCAUGUCACACAAGAGCCUUUUCUUUCCACUCAGUACUAUUUAAUAUAAAACAUGUGGACUAUGGAGUUGGAGGGAAGGUGGUUACAAAAAGUAAAAACAAAGCAAGACACACCAGAAGUAAUUAUGAAUUUAAAUUUAAGAGAUUGCAAUUAUAAUGUAUUUUAAAUCUUAAAAAUCUAUAUACAUGGAAUGAUGGAAUUAGGAUGUUAUAAAAGCAAUCCGUUUUGGUAUUGUUUGAAUAAUGCUAUAAAUAUAAUACAUUACUGAUGACCGCUGGGGAGGUAAGCUAAGAUUAGAAUAGCCUUCAUUAGGUUAGAUCUUUUCUUAAACUUUCACUUUUUUCCUUUGGGGACUAUUUCUAUUAAUAGGAAACCCUAAAACUUUUGGACCAGUUGCAUAAUUCUGCCACUUUUCUACUCCUCCAGCGUCCAUCAUGAAUCUCUACAAGUAUUGUGUUCUCCUGAUUGCCACUUUGAGCGCAGUUCUUCUGUAUGCAGAUGUUGAGGCUGCUGAGGACCAUUACAAAACGUUGGGUGUUAAAAAAUCAGCAUCAGAUAAAGAAAUAAAGAGAGCAUUCAGGAAACUGGCCUUAAAAUAUCAUCCUGAUAAGAAUAAGAAAAAGGAUGCAGAAGCAAAAUUUUUAAAGAUUGGUAAAGGUAUGUAAAUUUUCCCAGACAGUAGCCUUUGUCUUAACAUAAACCUCACUUCCAGUUUAUAUUGAUUCCAUUUCUACUUAGCAACUUAGCAUAAUCAAAUUAAUAUACUUUGAAAUUUUUUUGUUUUUGUAAUACUUCUAGUGUCUAAAAGUUAACUCAUUCCUUACAGCAGUGCUACUUACGUACUUAAUUUAAAUGGCUUGGAAAGGGAAUCAACUCCAUUUUGCAAUUGAUUAAAUUGAUAAAAUAUUUUUUUAAGUUGCUUAAAUAUUAAUUAAUGUCAAUGAAUUGAGGACAAAUGCAUCCAAAAAUGAAUGUUUAUUUAAAAAAAAAUAGAUUUAAAGUAAAAAUAGGAUUAAAACUUCCGGUUUUUAAAUUGGAAUUGCGCUAUCUUUGGAAGUCUCAAAGGAUGCGAGAUUUCAUUGCUACUUUUAAAUAAAACUGAGAGAUGUGUGGCUAUGCACUGUGCCGCAUUUGGACACAUCCAUUGAAACCCCCAAAAGGACGCAUUUAGUCCAUACUGUCCUGAAUGAGUUAAAUAUUCUACACAUUUUUUAACCCAUACAACUUUUUCUCCAUAAAUGAUUUCAUUGUCUUUUCUUUUCAACUAUGACUCAUAUAAUUGCAGCUUAUGAAAUCCUGAGUGAUCCUGAAAAGCGAAAGAAAUAUGACAUGUAUGGAGAUGAUGGUGCCGGUACCGGUCCAGAGGGUGGAAAUGCCGGAGGCUUCCAAAAUGCAGAUUUCAAUCAGUUCUUUAAACAAUUUGAUGAAGCUAUGAAUUCUCACCGCAAUGGGCAUCAUUAUACGCACCAUGGCAACGGAGGAUUCCGUCACUUCAACACAUUUGGUGACUCUGGAAGCUUUUUUGACUUCGAUAAUCUUUUCCAUGAUACUGAUGAAGAUGAUCUAUUUGGCUCAUUUCAAGGAAACAGGAGAUCACAAAAUGAUUUUGGCAAUCAUUUUGGUUUCAAUGGUGGCAACUUUGGAGAUAUGUUUGAUCACUUCUUUGAUGGUGGCAACAAGUAUGAUCGAGCCCAUAAUUCUGGUGACCAUUUUGCUAAUCAUCACCAUAUGCACAACAAUUUCCACCAUAAUAUGCAUCAUAAUAUGCAUCAUAAUAUGCAUCAUAACAUGCACCAUCAGCAGUUUUCACAGCAAAGUAAGUUCCCUUUUGUUUAAAAAAAAACCUUUCAAUAAACUUACAUUAUGUUAUCAUACUUUGCAAUUCACAAAUUAUGAAAUAAUCCUUGCCUGCUGCAGACAUUCCAUAACUAGGCAGAUAGCUUUUAGGUUAAAUUAAAUAAUGUACUUGUUAAUCUUUUGAGUAUGUUGUUUGCUCCCACUGCUGACAAAAUUUAUGAUUUUUUCCAUUGAUAAAAAUUUUAAUGUCUUUGUUGAUAAUUCCCCAGGACAACAAAGAUGUCAGAAAGUAACACAGAGAGUUGGAAAUCAAGUCAUCACUUUCACCCAGUGCUCUUAGCUUCAAAUCAAAAAAUGGUGUCAUAUAUGUACAAAAUAUACAUACUGUACAUAGUUUACAGUAUCUGCAAUGCAAAGUCAAGGAUCUCAGAAACUUUUUAAAGGAGGAAGAAAUGAAGAAUGGAAGAGAAAAAAAAAGUAGAUUUUUUUAAAAAGUCAAAAGGGUUUUCAUUUUAAAAAAUUUUACUUUUGGGAAAGGUCUAUGAAUAUCAUUCAAUAGUUUUUCUUAUAAUGUGCCAAUCAAUCACAAAUAUCUCUAUGCAGUGGGACAUUGUGUAGCUAUUAGAAUUUUGGGGCCUCUCCUUUUAUUUCUUGGGCACAGAUGGUUUCUGUUAGUAUUCCAUGUAAAUCCAACAAUUUCCAUGUACAUAAAUAAAUACUGCCAGUGUGAUCUAAAUAUAUACACCUUUUUUUCCCCCUUUCCUGUGAAGUUAUGCUUCUUGUGAUAUUUAAAUGACUUUUUCUGCCUUUGGUUUCAUGGGUGUGAAAAGUAAUUUAAAAUGUUAAUGUUUUGGCCUUAACCUUUGCUACUGAAACGUGUGCAUGAGAUUAUGUGCUAGAAGAUAUUGAAACAAAAUUAUAUGCUUAUGAAACUUCUGCUCUGUAGAUUUGGUGACUGGUGUCUGCAUUAUACCAUGACAUUUUUUUUUUUAAAUUUGAGUAAUGCCACUAAAUAUUUACUGGUUUCAGUUGCUUGUUAUCUCUUUAAGCUUGUCUGUAAAAAAAACUUCUUUCAAUGUAUUGCAGCAAAGAUGACAAGUCGGUUACAAUGACAGCUAUUAUAUCUUUAAAUGACAAUGAUAUCUCAUUAAUUUUUUUAAAAUUAAAAAAUGCAUGUCAGCGUCAUAUGUAAAAUUAAUUUAUGAAAAUAAUAAGCCUCAUCUGUUUCUAAUAUACCUUUUGUUCCUUUAUACGUAAUGCUUAGAAACUUGAAAAUCUUCAAAAAAUAAUUUGGUAAUUCUAGCAGUAGCUCAGUUGGUGCCAAAGUGCAGUGCCUCCAUGCAUGAUUUUGUUUUGGAAAAGUGAAUAAUGUAUUAUAUUUCAUGAAACGAAUGCAAUUAAAACAAAUAAUUUUAUUUGGUCUACUUAACCUGAGUGUAAUAAUCAUGUCCUUUUUUUUUCUAUUUCUUAAUCCAUUUACAGCUGUCAUUUAUAUUUGAUAGUAUUAGCAACAUUUUUUAAAAAUUUUCAUUGCAAAGUUACCUUAAAUUAUUGAUUUAGGUGCACAGGAAAAACAUGUGUUUCAAAUUAAAUUUAACAAUUGUCUGUUUUAUUAAUGCACAUUCAGUCUUUCACAAUAGGCCUAUGACAGCAUGCCUAUAAGUCAAAUGUGUCAUAUGUGUUGAGUACUUUAUGACUUUUAACCACAAAAGUUUUUUGUUGCUUUUAUGAAUUCCCUUUUUUAAAGGGUACCAUGUCAUCUUGUUUCAGUUGAUGGGUUUUUACAUUUUUUUUAUUAACUAAACAGUGGGAUGUGUUUCUACAGCUGUGGGUACUCAUCAUCAUUAACUAACACUACAGUGGGAUGUGUUUCUACAGCUGUGGGUACUCAUCAUCAUUAACUAACACUACAGUGGGAUGUGUUUCUACAGCUGUGGGUACUCAUCAUCAUUAACUAACACUACAGUGGGAUGUGUUUCUACAGCUGUGGGUACUCAUCAUCAUUAACUAACACUACAGUGGGAUGUGUUUCUACAGCUGUGGGUACUCAUCAUCAUUAACUAACACUACAGUGGGAUGUGUUUCUACAGCUGUGGGUACUCAUCAUCAUUAACUAACACUACAGUGGGAUGUGUUUCUACAGCUGUGGGUACUCAUCAUCAUUAACUAACACUACAGUGGGAUGUGUUUCUACAGCUGUUGGAACUAAUCAUUUUUGUGCAGAUGUUACAAUAAAGUUUCAUGCCACAUAAACCCUAAGUGGGCAAUGGCAAGGAAUUGAUAUCCUCUACAUGAUUCAUUCUUCUAUUCUUGCAUGGGAUUUUUAAAGAAUUCUUCACAUGUGCUUGUCAGGUUGUGUGAAUGGAUUGUGUCACUGUUUGGUUACUGUAUGUGUUCAUUCUGUUACAGAAACCCAAGGUGCUGAAUGUUUAUGUGCUCUACAAUGACUAAAUGGUUGUGAUGAACUGAGCAAAUUAUUUCUACAUAUCUGUGGCAUGGUAUAGGGUUUUUUUUUAGUUUUUUUUUUAGAAAUGUUCAAAACUAUAUCUAUGGCUCUGUGUUUGUUGAUCUAUAUAACAGUGUAGAUUUAUAGUACUACUUUAGAUACUCUAGAACCUAAGCUGUGUAAAUGGUGUCUUAACUUAAAAGUAUCAGUAGUUGCUGAGAUCUGCAUGUUACAAUAGUUUAGAAAACUGGUACAGAGAGUAAUUUGGCCAGUGUUAUCCCUACACCAGCUGACCUAUUUUUUUUAUAAAGUUUUCUUUACAGUUGUGAGGCCAGUGGAAAAAACAGUCGCUUAUUUAUGAGAGUAAAUGUUGAAAGAACUAUCUGUCCCUAAGGUGAUUUGAUUGUGAGUGCAUUGUGGAUUGGGCUAAUAUGAUGAACAGAAUCAAAAAUGUAUCUUAAUUUAUGAGAUUUAAAACACAUAAAACUGUUGAAAUUCUUGGGUUGUCCCCCAAAUCUCUGUGGAGACCACAAAUAAACGAAUGAUCUGC